AUGGAGGAUGAAGAGGAUGGGAUAGCUGUUGUUGGAAUUGGAUGCAAUUUCCCUGGAGGUGAGGGGUUGGACAACUUCUGGAGGGUUCUGUUGGAGGGACAGAACUGUGCUGUGGAUAUCCCAAAAGAGAGGUUUGACACCACUUUUUGGUAUGACCCUGAUGAUAGCAAACCAGGAAAGACACAGACAAUGAAGGCAGCUCUGAUAAAAGGGUUUAAUGAGUUUGACCACAGGUUCUUUGGCAUUACUGAAGCAGAGGCUGAUUUCAUGGACCCUCAGCAAAAACUCCUUCUGCAGUGUUCAUACAGGGCAUUAGAAGAUGCAGGAAUAGCAAUGGAAAGCAUCAGUGGAAGCAGAAGUGGAGUUUACAUGGGUCUUAUGAACAGGGAUUAUGAGAUGCUCAGAAGUAACCGUUCUACUACAAUAAACCACUACAAUGGUACCGGGACAGCAAUGAGUAUGGCAGCCAAUAGAGUUUCAUUCACAUUUAAUCUCACUGGCCCUUCUUUAGCCAUUGACAGUGCCUGUUCUUCAUCUUUGGUGGCUGUACAUUUAGCCUGCCAGGCUAUAAAACAAGGAGACUGUGGAAUGGCUCUGUGUGGAGGUGUGAGCUGCAUAAUAGAGCCAAGAGUGUUCAUUGCUCUGAGCAAGGCCAACAUGAUCUCACCUGAGGGAACCAGUAAACCUUUCUCCAGCAGAGCAGAUGGCUAUGGCAGAGGGGAGGGUUGUGGUGUAGUUCUACUAAAACCUCUGAAAAAUGCUAUAAAAGACUGCAACAAAAUAUGGGGCAUCAUCAGCAAAACAGCGGUUAACCAAGACGGACGCUCAGUAACUCCAAUCACCAAACCCUCCAUGUCACAACAAGAGGAACUCCUACACAGAAUCUACUCAGAAUCUGACCUCGCAAAUGUCCAGUACAUAGAGGCACAUGGGACUGGAACGCCAGUAGGAGACCCUAUAGAGGCAGGAAGCAUCUCAAAAGUCAUCGCCAAGGCCAGACCUCCUGGUGCACAGACACUCUGGAUUGGCUCUGUGAAAGGUAACAUUGGACACACAGAAUCUGCUGCUGGGGUGGCUGGACUAAUUAAGGUACUCUUAAUGAUGGAACACAAGAGCAUUGUUCCCACAGUUUUCUUCUCAGAAGAAAGUGCAAGUAUAGAUUUCGAAGCUCUGGGAAUAAGUAUUCCAUCCAAAGCUGGACAAUGGGAGACUAAAGGGUCAUUGGAGAGGCUGGCUGGAAUCAACAGCUUUGGGUUUGGAGGCACAAAUGCACAUGUGAUUUUGCAAGAGCAUAAACAAACCAACAUACCCACUAAACUCCAAAAAGCUGCCCAACACUUUGUGAUAUCUGCAGCCUCUGAGGCAUCAUAUAGUCUUACCAUCACAGACACCCAACAGAGGCUUUUCAGAAAUCAAAACGUUGACUUACAGGCUCUGUCAUAUACUUCAGCAUGUGGUAGGAGUCAUUCUAGACACAAAUACAGGAAGGCCUUUCUGACUUCUUCCCUCUCAGAUUUGGAACAUCAGUUGACGUCUGCAUUGAAAACAAAGGUUGAGUCAACACAGUCUGACAUCCAGUUGGUCUUUGUGUUUUGUGGAAAUGGGGUUGCCUAUAGGGGCAUGUGCAGGGAACUCCUGAGAGAGUUCCCUGUUUUCAGAGAUAAAAUCAAGGAAAUUGAUAAUCUCUUCCAGCAUCAUAAAAGCAUCAGCAUCAGUCGGUGGUUUUCUGAUGACUAUGCAAAUGAUGAUUUCAGGAAGCCAGAUGUAGUACAGCCUCUUUUGUUUUCAAUUCAGGUUGGCAUUGCUGCUCUCCUUAAGCACUGGGGUAUCAGACCUGAUGCCAUGCUUGGACACUCUGUCGGCGAGGUUGCUGCAGCUCACUGUUCGGGUCUUUUGUCUCUUGAUGAUGCUGUAAAAGUGUUGUACCACCGCAGUACUCUUCAGACCAAGGUUACAGGAGGGAAGAUGCUUGUUGUAAGUAAUGUGACUGUAGAAAAGGUUUUAGAUAACCUGCUUGCUUUUUCUGGGAAAAUUUGUGUUGCAGCAUUCAACAGCCCCCAGUCCUGCACUCUGUCAGGGGAGUCAGAUGCUAUAGACAUCCUCCAUCAGAGGUUGAAGACUAUGUUUGAAGAUGAAAAUAUCUUCCUCUAUGAGUUAGAUGUUCCAGCAGCAUACCACAGCCAUAUGAUGGAUCCUAUACUUAAAGACAUUGAGAAAAGUAUUGAUAACUUGGCUGCCAAUGACAAGGUGUGCAGACUUUAUUCAACUGUGACUGGAGAUGGUUCUUCAGCUUGUGACUUCAUCUCUGGCAGGUACUGGGCAAGGAACAUCCGAGAGCCUGUUUUAUUUGAACAAACACUGCAUGCUGUCACAAAAGACAAGCAAUCAAAGAGAAAUGUGGUCUUUGUGGAGAUUGGACCACGUAGGACUCUCCAAAGGUACUUGCAUGAAAUUUUGGGAAAUAACACCAUAGUUCUUCCUUCUGUCCAGCCAGAAAGAGAUAAUGACACGAUCUUGUCAACUGUGGCAAAACUGUUUGAACUGGGCAUCAAUGUGGACUGGCAUCAGAUUUACAGUGGUUGUGAGUUACUUCCCACAGCUUUUCCAGUCUAUCAAUUUGACAAUUCAAAAAGGGAAUUGGAUUUUGAAGCUAUGCGUAAAGGAGAGGAAUCAUGGGAUUUAUUUCCCCAUACACUCAUAACCCAAAUAAAGCAGGGUAGCAAAGAGUACAGGUGCAAUCUGUCACUAGAGACUGCACCAUAUCUUUGGGAGCAUAAAAACAAUGGUGUUCCCAUUGUGCCAGGCGCAUUGUAUGUCGAACUAGCUUAUGCCUCAGUGAUGGCCACUUUAAGUCCAACGAAACCUGUUUCUGUCCUCCAGCUCAGUGUAAAAUUUGAGAAUGUGUUUACACUGACCUCAAACUGUCAUCAGUUGAAAGUGACACUGGAGCAAGAAAAGAACAAGGCUUCAUUUAAAAUUCAGUCUUCAGUCGCAACACAUGCCUCAGGCACAUAUAGGUGUACAGAUGGCCAACCACUGCUAGAAGAACCAACUAUUUGUCUUGGCAUGAUCUUCCAAAGGUGCAAACUGAUUAUGAAGAGAAAAGAGAUGUAUUCAAUUCUCUCUCAAGCAGGAUUUGAAUACGGGCCUGUCUUUAAGCAGCUUGAUGAUGUGCAUUUUGGAGAUGAAUUCAAGGAAGCUGUGACCGCAAUCGAAGUCCCUGUUGAACUUCUACAACACCUUCAUGAGUAUUUCAUUCACCCUGUGGUAUUAGACUAUUUCUUGCAAAUGACUGCUGUUGUUGCUGUUGGACGGCUAGCAGAUAAACAAGGAUUCCCCUCAGCUAUUGGUAGUGUAGUCAUAUCAGGACCACUACAGCGAGAGAUGGUUAUGUAUUUACGAGCCACUCAAGAGACUCAAGGUUUUCUUGAUGUAUGUGGUAGCUUUUCCACCCCAGAAGGUGAGGUACUGGUGGAACUUAAAGGGUUGAGGAUAUCCCUUUUGGGUAACCGCUCAAAUGUCGUUCAGUCAUGGUUCUUCCACAAUGAAGUUGUUGCAGUUCCACAUAAGACAAACUUGCAGAGUCACCAAAUGAAGGCAAUAGUUUUCCAAGACAAACUUGGAAUUGCUCAAGGACUCAGGCCAUACAUACACUCAGAGUCAGUAUUUGUGGAAAGCAGGCAGCAUUGGUCAGCAGACCAAGUUCGAAAUUUAGUUUUCCACUCACUUGACACCAAUCUGGGUUUGGAAAACGUCCUCUUCCUUUGGGGUGUUGAAGACCUCAGUCACUUGUCAUCUGAGAAGAUAAUGGACUGCUUGGUGACUUGCUGUGAGUUAUUUCGACAGAUUGUUUUAGCCUUGAAGGAGAGCAAACACACCUGCUCCGUCCAGGUCAUAACCUAUAGAUCAACAGAAGCAAAUGUGGACCAUGUCAGUGCUGGCUUUGUGCUGUCUGGUAUGACAAGGGCGUGCGCAGCAGAGAUUACAGAUAUCUCUUUUCAGUUGAUUGAUGUUGCUUCUUUAACGAGUGAAGACAUUCAAUCGCUGGUCCACGUAAUUAACACCUGCAAACAGCAAGAGGUCAUGAUCAGCAAAGGGAAAGUAUCAACAACAAGAAUAACACGAACACUUGCAAUGGAUGGGGAUUUGUGUGCGGAGGAUAUGCCUUCAGAUUAUCAGAGCAACUUUGUUGUACAGACAACUGAUCCAUACAGAAUGUCUCAGUUGUCUGCCAUUCCCUGUGACAAAAAUUCAAGUCCUAUCCAAGAGAAGUCAGUUGAGAUUCAGCUUACAAAUGUAUGUGUGCAUUCCUCUGAUUAUUUUCCUGUCACAACCUCACAUUUAAACUUUGGCAAGACAAUGUAUUGGAACAAGCAAACAUCACAUAAUCAUAAGCUACUUGCUUUAGAUUUUCAUGGAAUUGUCACAGCAGCUGGGAAAGAUGUUAAUAGGUUUAAAGUUGGAGAUCAUAUUGCGUCUUGUUAUCCAGUUGCUGCCACUGCAAAGAUUAUAAUUCCUGAAGCAGUGUGCUACAGUGUAAAGAGACUACCAUUUCUGAAAGAGACACCAUGUGUGUCUUUCUUCAUACUAGCAUGGGAGAUCCUGCAGAGAAUGCUGUCAAAGGUUAAACAACAGCCAAGAAAGCUGGUGAUUAUCUCCUCCAACACUGCCUCCGCUCUGAUAAAAGUUUUGGCUAUGACAGCAAACAGGUCAGGCUGGAAUGUUUCCUCUUUGCCACACUUAAGAAGAAAUUCUUUACAUUUUGACCAGAGUCUUGCAUUUGUUUUUCUUCCCCCCUUUGAGGACUCUUGGAAGCAGUUGUGUGAAAUUGAUGGUCAAGGUAGACAUGCUAUUUUUGUAAGUAGCAAACAAGUGUCAUGCUCACUCUCAGCAGACAUGCUUGUAUUGAAUGGUGAAAACAUGCAUGUACAUAAACUGGAUGUAACUGAUGUACUACAGAAAGCCAAUCUGCAAGAACAAACCAGGAAUAUCUCUAACUGGCUCAUUUCAUUAGACUUUGAUACAGCAUCUCUACCUCUGAAAAGGGAGACUUUUCAGUUGUCUUUCACAAAAGAGCCUCAGACUAACGCAGAUUCUGAUUCCUACUUUACAACAAAGACUGUGAAGCAAGUUGUUCUACGAGCAUCUGAUUGCCCAGUGUCUGAUGUCCCCUUGCUUACAAGGCCUGGUCAACUCUUUAAACAAAACUGUGUGUACAUUGUCACUGGAGGGCUGUCUGGCUUAGGGCUUGAGACGGUAAAGUUCAUUGCAAACAAUGGUGGAGGUUGUAUUGUAACACUGUCCAGAAGGACUUUGAAUGAUGAAUUGCAGUUUCAAAUGGAACUCCUGCAAAGAAGACACAGAGUAACAAUCAUCAAUGUCCAAUGUGAUGUUUCUGUGUCUAUGCAGGUAGUCAGUGCAAUCUCAAAGAUUGAACAAAUGUUCCACUCUUGUCCAAUCAAAGGAGUGUUUCAUAGUGCUGCAGUAUUGCAUGAUGGGUUGAUUGAAACCCUUGAUCAGUCUCUCUUCCAAAAGGUUCUGCAACCCAAAGUUAGUGGGGCUCUAAACCUUCACUAUGCAACACUUCACAAUAAACUGGAUUACUUUGUGUGCUACUCCUCCAUCUCAUCAUUCAUUGGCAAUGCCUCACAGUGUAACUAUGCAGCAGCCAAUUCCUUCCUUGACACUUUCUGUCAUUACCGGAGAAAUCUUGGCCUUGCUGGACAGUCCAUUAACUGGGGUCCUUUGAACCUUGGUCUCUUGUUGAACAAAGACCAUUUUCAACAGUUCCUGGAGGCCAAAGGGAUGAUGAUAAUGGAUGUGUGUGAUGUUCAAAAGGCACUUGAAAAUUGUCUUAUGAUAAACAGACCACAACAAGUCAUUUGCAAGUUUAACUUCAAAAAUCUGAACAUUCAUGUACUUUCACAGAAUGCAUCUCUCAGGGAGCGACUGUCAGCUUUAGUGGAAAUUGAGCUAAAAGAAGAUGUGAGUAAUGAAUCUGUGAUUCAGUGUUUGUCAUCUAGACAUGAAAGUGUGAGAAAAAUUGUCAGCGACAUCAGCAAUGUUAGAGUAGAGGAGCUUGAAGAGGACACAGCUCUGUGUGCACUGGGUAUUGACUCAAUGUUGGCAAUGACUCUGCAGAAUAAGAUAUUCCAAGAGACAGGUGUUAAUAUACCUUUAGUUCAAAUAUUGGACCCCAACAGUACUCUGGGAACUUUGGAAACUUGUGUAGUGAGUAGUGAAUAAUUUUUCUCUAUGAAAAAAU